CCCUGACCCUAACUCCAGCCCUAACCCUGACCCUAACUCCAGCCCUAACUCCAACCCUAACCCUGACCCUAACUCCAGCCCUAACCCUGACCCUAACUCCAGCCCUAACCCUGACCCUAACUCCAACCCUAACCCUGACCCUAACUCCAGCCUCCCUCCCUGACAGCAUCCCAGUGAUUGACAGGCUGGAUGAGUCACCGCCACUCGCGGCCCAGGAGAAGACGAUGGUAAAUGAGAGAUGAAUUGCAGCACUGGAUGGAGAUUGAGCUAUACUCACAGAUCCUCCACACACCUCUGUUUAGUGCAUUCUGUAGAAAAGGAGCAGUGUUGGAGGGACGGGGGGUGCAGGAAGUGUGAGAGAGAGGGGCUCCCCGGCUCUGGGCUCCUUCCAGGGGUUUGGAAGGGAGUGUUUGUGGCUCUGGAUACUGAACUGCUCUCUGAAUGCUGGGGUAUCAGUCCAAAUUCAAUAUUUAACACUUCCUGUGUACGGAGUCACUGCAUCUUCAGCUCUGUAAAGAACGCUUUCAGUCAAAGAUACACAGCACUGAAUGAUGAAAAUACACAGCACUGAAUGACAGAAAACCAAACAGCAAAAACAUUCAGAUUGAAUAGUGAUAUAUACAGGACCACACCACUGGAAAAUAUCUAAUAAAUAACAGUUAUACAGCAGGGGUGAUGCGUUUUCAGGCUGUUCCUCUAAAUAAACUUUUUUUUUUACUGCUCCUUACUUGAUUUCUCUUUAUUUGUAUUUAUUUGAGCUCCCAGCAGAGAAAGCAAAGCCUCUGAGGCUCAUCAGUUCUAAUAAAGCCCCUGUCAGCUGUACAGAGUCCUCCUCUGUGAGCCCAGGCCAGGUUCGAAUGCUUGUUUGUCUGUUCACUUCCCCGACAUGUUGAGUUUGCAGUAUAAAUGCAAUAUAAAUUGUGCACGGUAGGUCAUUUGUUUUUGAAAGGUAAUAACAAUUAUCAACAACACAUUUCGUGGUAUUGCUGAGUCCUCAUUUACAGCGGUGCAGAAGCAAGCCUCUGAGAUGAAUUAGUCACACUUAAAGAAGUAACAAGCUCAGAUGUGUCUAAUCGGGUUCACAGCAAUGCUUGGAGUAUGAAACUGCAGUGAUAUGGACACAUUCUGUGUCCUUCCAACAUUUUCACAGGUAGUGCAACAAUUAUUUGUUUAUUUAUUUGUUUAUUUAGCAGACGCCUUUAUCCAAGGCGACUUACAGAGACUAGGGUGUGUGAACUAUGCAUCAGCUGCAGAGUCACUUACAAUUACGUCUCACCCGAAAGAUGGAGCACAAGGAGGUUAAGUGACUUGCUCAAGGUCACACAAUGAGUCAGUGGCUGAGGUGGGAUUUGAAUCGGGGACCUCCUGGUUACAAGCCCUUGUCUUUAACCACCGGACCACACAGCCUGCUAUACAAUGACAUUUGUUGCUUUUAUGAUCAGUGUGGUUGCAGCAGAUAAGGGGUUAAUAAUGUGUUUCAAGCAAUAAUCCCACAUAGAAGAAUACUGUCAGGGUUAAAGCAAUCGAUUAUCAGGAUAUUAUUGACCACUUGUUUAUUCUUGAUUAUUAAAUUAUGUACUAAAAAGGAUCAGAGAGAGUUAAUGCGUCACAAAGGACUGGAAGUUAAAAAAUGAGUCCAGGAAAUCCUGAUUACUGUGAUGAAACAAUCGUGUGUUUUUGAGUUUACAAUUACGUACCAAAAAUGGCAGUUAAGCUUCUCCUUGGGUGUUUUAAAAGCUGGCUGGAAGAUUAUUUUCUAAUCCGGGAUGCUGACAUUUUUACUGUUGUACUGGCAUAGCCAUUGAUUGGUACUCAGUUGUAAACUGAGGGAAGGACCGCUUUUCCUGUUUUUAAAUCAACACUUUAAUGAAUGGCUUUUUUGAAUAACUGCUGAUAAAUGCUGCUUUUUUUUUUUUAUUUAGUCAUUGCCAAUUAGUUUUUUUAUUAUUUUCUCCCCAAUUUGAAAUGCCCAAUUAUUUUUAGGCUCAGCUCACCGCUACCACCCCUGCGCUGACUCGGGAGGGGUGAAGAUGAACACACCCGCUUCUUUACACCUGCAGACUCACCGUGCAGCCGCCUCAGAGCUACAGCAUCGGCGGACAACGCAGCUCUGGGCAGCUUACAGCCAAGCCCGCAGGCGCCCGGCCAGACUACAGGGGUCGCUGGUGCGCGGUGAGCCGAGGACACCCUGGCCGACCCAACCCUCCCUCCCCCCGGACAACGCUCGGCCAAUUGAGCGCCGCCCCCUGGCAGAUCCCAUCCACGGUCGGCUGUGGAAUAGCCUGGACUCGAACCGGCGACAUCCAGGCUAUAGAGCGCAUCCUGCACUCUAGCGAGUGCUUUUACUGGAUGCGCCACUCGGGAGCCCCCUGAUAAAUGCUUCUUAAAAGCAAUUCCGAGUGUGAGUAGUGAGUAACAGCACCUCCCUAAUAAACAGAAGUCAGAGUGCCUGUUUCCUGUCUGUAGAAGCUGUGCUGGGAGAAGACUGAUGUCUCGUUCACACCGUCCACACCCGCUGCCUGCACUCUAUAGUGGACAGUGUGGUCCUCAGUGUCCAGCGCUUUCCACACAUCGAGCACCAGCUGUUCCAGGCUGUAGAUAAACUGCAAAUCAGAUUCAUCAGCUGUGUGCAGAUGGGAGAAGAAAUCGUGCUGUCGGCUAAAGCGAGGAUUCGAGCCGUGAUUACAAAUAACAGCCACGGACCGCAGAGGUACUGCUCUGUGUACCAGCCGUCUCUGCCCCUGCUGUGCGUGGAGGCGGAGAGCCGCGUGGAGGAGUUCGUCAGCAAGGAGCCCAACCUGUGCAAUUACACCCGGGAGAUUGAGCGCUUCCAGGGCCUCCCUGCCAGUGCAUGUUCCCAUGGAGCUGCUGCUGCUGGACUGCUCCCAGAUAAAGCAGUGGAUGGUGCAGCGCACACACCAAUUGGCCAGUAUCUUCAUCAGCAGGGUGACAUCCUCCUCGGAGAAGUUAAACCGGAGCAUCUGCCAGCAGUACGAGGACAUCGUGAGCAGGAUCACCACCAUCUCGGGAAGCACCAAUGCCCUGGUGGAGCUGCAGGGCUAUGUGGACAAGCUGUGGGGUAGGGAACUACUGCAGCUCAAGGAGAGGCUGGAGCUGGUGGCUGCUAACCUUCUGUUCCUGCUGGACUUCGCCGCCCUGUCCAAAGAGGACAUCAUUCUGAAUGGGAACACCUUCUCCUGGUCCCAUCAUCAAGAACAGAUGCAGAGUUUAUGGAAGACCUGCUACAAGCUGACGAAGGUACUGCAUCACCCGGACCUGUACGGGCCCCUGAAAGCUGCCACCACCAUCAAGACCAAGCUGGAGAAGUUCCGGAUGAACAUGCCGCUCAUCAGCGCACUGUGCAGCCCCGGAAUCAAGCAGAGGCACUGGAACCUCAUGAGAAGGAAGGUGGGGUUCAGCAUCGCUCCUCAGGAGAGCACGUCGCUCAGUGAGAUCCUGCAGCUGGGGCUGGAGAAGCACCUGGAGGAGCUGAGCCAGGUGAGCGUCCAGGCAGGGAAGGAAUAUGCCCUGGAGCAGGCACUGGAGCACAUGGAGAGAGACUGGGAGCAUGUCUGCUUCAGCUUUGUGCCCUACCGAGACUGCGGGGUCAGCGUGCUGGCAGCCGUCGAUGACAUCCAGGUAAUCCAUCAAUCAGAAGAGACACUGCUACUGAAAAAAACACUUUAGCAGCUAUCACGAAAAAAACACGUACAAUUCCUGCAGCUUGUAUCCAGUCUUACCUCAAUCACUUAACCCCUUACAGAAUCUCGAAAUUAGAGUUUAUUUGGGUAGAAAUGUUUAAUUCUUUACAUGUGGUCCUGUGCGAGUCAUUUGAUUUGGGCAAGGGAUUUGAUAGCAGAGUACUAUAUUUGUGUUGCUCUUUAUCAUGUAAAUGAAUAACAAUAUAUAAUGCACAUGUUUCGUAUACUGUUUAAAGAAGUUUGUGUGAGGUUCGGUGCACAGAGCUGCUGCUGUUCAUUUGCAUUGCUGGCAGGAUGCAUUAGCUUUGUGUCCUGGUUUGUAUCCAGUGCUGGUAUAUCGUUCAAUAAGCCAUCUCGGCAGCAAACAUGCAAUUACUGCUAAUCUUCCUCUCUCCUGCGUUUUAAGGAAGCAUGAAGAUCAAACAGCGUGGAACAAAAGGGGUAUUAUCCAUGCAAAUCCGAAAUGAGUUUAAUUGAUGUCUGGCACUGGCUGCCAUUGAUUUGCUAAUCUUCCUCUCCCAGCAUCCUCCUCUGUCCAUUACAUUCUCGUAACAAAGUACUAGCACUGAGAGGACUGGUGUGGACUUCAGCACAAGUUCCUCAGAUGUGCAGAAUAACCAAAACAAGCCUGAUAUUUUGGGGGAUUCAUCUGACAAUAUAAAGCUGUAUCCACCGGCCCCAUUUCAAAGGGUACUAUGUAGGCGUGGGUGUUUAGGGUUUGCAGAGAGCAGGGUUCAAGCAGCCAGCUGGAGCAUCUUGUCCGCGUCCCAUUCCUGCCUGACUGUGUUCCUGGUUGAAUGCUGUUCUGACUUCUCAUCACACGCAUUCAGGUGGCAGAUAAAUUAACCGUGCUGAUGCUGCAAACUUGGGUAUCCAUCUAUCUAUCUAUCUAUCUAUCUAUCUAUCUAUCUGUCUACAUAUCUAUCUAUCUAUCUUGUGGUAGAAAUAGUUGCUCAGUGAAGUCUCUUUGAUGCACACAUAUUCCUUUGUACUUGUGUUCUUCAGUAUUGUACGGUGCACAGCCACGUCUCUCUGAUCCACAGAGACAAAGCGCAGGAGGCCAGCCUGGCAGCCGUUGAGCACACAGUGCCAGCUCCUCUACAGAACAACCCAGAAACAAGCAGCUCUGGUCAGCCUCUGUUUGUUUUGGCUUCCUAUUACCAUAAUCAACUUAGUAAACAUCAAGCAAUAUGCAUUCAUAAUUAAUAUCAGGCAUUUAUUUUAUUCUCAAAAGUAUAAUGUGUGUGUGAUUUUUUUUUUUUCUUGAAUUAACUUUUUUUUUUAUAGCAAUUCAAUGAAGAAAAAAAAAAAGAUCAGUAAUUCAUGAGUUUAAGGAUUGAGGAUGUAAGGUGCCCUGUGGCAACAUGACAUCAGAGAGUUGGGUUGAGAAAGCAGGAUGCACAGGGUUGUCCUUGGCUUACCCCUCUGUGUGUACACAGUGUUACUGUCCAUCUCCUAUAAAACCAGCUGCAGUACCCGUCUCCCUUUCCCUGUAAGCACUCAGCUGACAGCCCACGGAAACCGAUCAGGUUGAGCACAUUCUGAACAGACCGUCCACACUGAUCAGGUCAAGCGCAUUCUGAACACACCGUCCACACUGAUCAGGUCAAGCGCAUUCUGAACACACCGUCCACACUGAUCAGGUCAAGCGCAUUCUGAACACACCGUCCACACCGAUCAGGUCAAGCGCAUUCUGAACACACCGUCCACACUGAUCAGGUCAAGCGCAUUCUGAAAAGACCAUCCACACUGAUCAGGUCAAGCAUAUUCUGAACAGACCGUCCACACCAAUCAGGUCAAGCGCAUUCUGAACACACCGUCCACACUGAUCAGGUCAAGCGCAUUCUGAAAAAGACCAUCCACACUGAUCAGGUCAAGCAUAUUCUGAACACACCGUCCACACCGAUCAGGUCAAGCGCAUUCUGAACACACCGUCCACACUGAUCAGGUCAAGCGCAUUCUGAACACACCGUCCACACUGAUCAGGUCAAGCACAUUCUGAAUAGACUGUCUGCACCGAUGAGGUCAAGCGCAUUCUGAACACACCGUCCACACUGAUCAGGUCAAGCACAUUCUGAACAGACCGUCCACACUGAUCAGGUCAAGCAUAUUCUGAACAGACUGUCCACAUCCAAAGUGAUGAGCUGGGAAAGAUCAAAAAGGACUGAAAACAGAAUUAACUGGAAUCCUUGUUGUGCUUCAAUGGGACCAGGCUCACAGCCAAAUGCUGUUUGGGGAAACAGAUCAGAUGGAAACAAGGGUUGUUCCUGGGCCAUUCUGUGUUCACUCGGCUGCAGGGCACUUGCUGAUCUGCGCUUUGGGGACACUUGUUUCAACACUGCAGUGCUGGGCUGCGCUAUGGGGCUGCUCGUUCAAUGCUGCAGUGUGGGGCUGCAUUUUGAGGCUACUUGUUCAACACUGCAGUGCGGGGCUGCACUGUGGGGCCACUCGUUCAACACUGCAGUGCUGAGCUGCGCUGUGGGGCCACUUGUUCAACACUGCAGUGCUGAGCUGCGCUGUAGGGCCACUCGUUCAACACUGCAGUGCUGAGGUGCACUGUGGGGCUGCUCGUUCAACACUGCAGUGCAGGGCUGCACUGUGGGACCACUCGUUCAACACUGCAGUGCUGAGGUGCACUGUGGGGCCACUCGUUCAACACUGCAGUGCUGAGCUGCGCUGUGGGGCCACUCGUUCAACACUGCAGUGCUGAGGUGCGCUGUGGGGCCGCUCGUUCAACACUGCAGUGCUGAGCUGCGCUGUGGGGCCACUCGUUCAAACACUGCAGUGCUGAGCUGCACUGUGGGGCCCGCUCGUUCAACACUGCAGUGCGGGGCUGCACUGUGGGGUCUCCUCCUGGUGAGUGGAGACACUGUAGUCCCAGACUGGGUGUGGAUCUAAUUUCUGGGUUUUUUUCAUGAAAUCAUUUUGAUUUGUGUCUCUAAGUGCCGUUACAACUGAAAUUUGUCCACAACAAUCUGAAGAACUCAUUUAAAUAAGAAGUACUUGUAAUUUGCUUUACUUUUAUAUGCUGAAUGAUAAAAAUGCAUUUUUUUUCUUUUUGGCACUUUGUGUAA